CCGCCGGGGGGGCGAGAAGGUCAAGCUAAUGCUAAAGUUAGCAGCUAGCACCUAAAAGUCCUUUCGGUUUUAACACUGGAGGGUCCCAGACUGUGCUCCGGGGACCUGCAGGGGUUCAGGACCGGGUCCGGUAGUUUCCUGUGGGAAAAGUGAAAGUGAAGCUCAGUGUCAGUGACAGAGCCGGUGUGUGUCGGAACCAGUCACCGACAGCAGCGUCCCGCCAGACUCUGAUCAAAACUUCGCCCUGCGUGUACUUCCUGUGUACUUCCUGUGACCUCUGACCUUGAUGAUGGUGCUGAGAGAGGUCCCGGCUGAAAACAUCGCCCGUCCUCUGGGCAGGAAUGAGGUCAUCGGCCUGCUCUUCCGCCUCACCAUAUUCGGAGCUGUCACCUACUUCACCAUCAAGUGGAUGGUGGACGCCAUCGACCCCACCAGGAAGCAGAAGGUGGAGGCUCAGAAACAGGCUGAGAAGCUGAUGCGUCAGAUCGGAGUUAAAAACGUGAAGUUGUCUGAAUAUGAGAUGAGCAUUGCCGCUCACCUGGUCGACCCGCUCAGCAUGCAGAUCACAUGGAGGGACAUUGCUGGUCUGGACGAGGUGAUCACAGAGUUAAAGGAGACGGUCAUCUUACCUGUUCAGAAGAGACACCUGUUCCAGGGAUCCAGACUGCUGCAGCCCCCCAAAGGCGUGCUGCUGUAUGGACCCCCUGGCUGCGGUAAAACACUGAUCGCCAAGGCAACGGCCAAAGAGGCGGGGUUUCGUUUCAUCAACCUGCAGCCGAGCACGCUGACGGACAAAUGGUACGGAGAGUCCCAGAAGCUGGCUGCUGCUGUCUUCACAUUGGCUGUCAAACUGCAGCCGUCAAUCAUCUUCGUCGACGAGAUAGACUCGUUCCUGAGGAGUCGGUCCAGUUCAGACCAUGAAGCCACGGCCAUGAUGAAGGCUCAAUUCAUGAGUCUGUGGGACGGACUGGACACAGACCACCACUGUCAGGUGAUCAUCAUGGGAGCCACUAAUCGUCCUCAGGACCUGGACUCUGCUAUUCUGAGGAGGAUGCCCACCAGGUUCCACAUCAACCAGCCUAGUGUGAGGCAGAGGGAGCAGAUCCUUAAACUCAUCCUGGAGAACGAGAGCGUGGACCUGUCAGUGGACCUCAUCGACGUUGCCAAGGAAACAGACGGUUUCUCAGGAAGUGACCUCAGAGAAAUGUGCCGCGACGCCGCACUGCUCUGUGUCCGAGACUUCGUCCAUAAUCAGAACGACAGUCCAUCAGAGGACUUCAUCCGUCCGAUUCAUCAGUCCGACCUUCAGAAGGCGAUCAGUAAGAUGAAGAAAUCUAAGAUGGCGGGCACCCAAAGCGCUUUGCUGCACGCCGCUCUGGACUGAACACGCGCGCGCACACACACACACACACACACUGAUCACUUGACAGCCACAUGGUGACCUCAUGAUGACCUCAGCCUGCAAUUGCGGGUUCGAUUCCUGACCCGUUCAUCAGCUCAGUGCGUUUUUACCGACCUGUUGUCUCUACGUGUGAAAUGUGCCACUUCCUGUUUUUGUUUUUGUUUACAUCAGCUGAUCAUGCUGCUGAUGUCCAACAGAGAUAAAAAAAAAUUAAUAAAAAAAACAGUAGCAGAUUUCAGUUUGUAA